AUGGAUGCGGUUGGGAGCAUCAAGAAGCUCAACAACCAAAAUUACAGCACAUGGGCAACGUAUAUGGAGUCCUACUUACAAGGACAAGGUAUGUGGAGCCUGAUUGGUGAGAGUGAGACACAAGAGCCUGUCGUAGAUAAUAAUGCCAUCGAGAAGUGGAAGAUGAGAGCUGGCAAAGCCAUGUUUGCCAUCAAGGUCACGAUGGAGGACUAA